UCAAAAAAUUAUAAGCAAGUGCUCCGUGCGAUUCUCAGGCAGAUCAACUCGAACGGGCGUCAAGUGAACAACACGCAACGACGAUAUAUCCGAACCAAAAUCCAACGAACAAUUCAUUAUCUGAAAACUCUCAAAGCAUCCAAAUCUAAAAAUCGCAACAUGGUUUACGAAAGUGGAUUUACGACCCGCAGAACCUACUCCUCGAGGCCGGUGACAACUUCCUACGCAGUUACGUACCCCUCGGUCGAGAAAGUAACUCGUGUAUACAAGUCGAGUUACCCCAUCUACUCGAGCUACUCGGUGCCCCGCCGCGUCUACGGCGCAACCCGGGUGGUGACCUCGCCGAUCCGCGUGGUAACCUCGCCCGCCCGCGUGGUGUCCCGCGUCAUACACUCACCAUCGCCUGUUCGCGUUGUCCGCACGACGACCCGAGUGAUUUCAUCGCCGGAGCGCACCACCUACUCCUACACCACGCCAUCGACCUACUACAGCCCCUCCUACUUGCCAUCGACCUACACUUCGACCUACAUCCCGACAUCGUACACCACGUACACGCCGUCCUACGCCUACAGCCCGACCACGGUCACCCGGGUGUAUGCCCCACGCAGUUCGCUGUCGCCGCUGAGGAUCACCUCCUCGCCGGUGAGGGUCAUCACCAGCCCGGUUCGCUCUGUGCCCUCCUAUCUGAAGAGGCUGCCGCCUGGUUACGGUGCCCGCGCCCUGACCAAUUACCUCAAUACCGAACCCUUCACCACCUUCUCCGAGGAAACAAGCCGGAUUCGCAACCGCGCGCAAUCUCUGAUUCGUGACUUGCACACUCCCGUGGUGCGCCGUGCACGUAGCUGCACUCCCUUUCCCGUCACUGGUUACACCUAUGAGCCGGCCUCGCAACUGGCCCUAGAUGCCUAUGUGGCCCGUGUCACAAAUCCUGUCCGUCAUAUUGCCAAGGAAGUUCACAAUAUUUCGCACUACCCCAGGCCAGCAGUGAAAUAUGUUGAUGCCGAGUUGGAUCCUAACCGUCCAUCUAGAAAAUUUUCUGCCCCUAGGCCCCUGGAGGAUCCCCUCGAUGUGGAGGCCAAGGAGAAACAGCGUCUGCGCCAGGAGCGUCUUCUAACCGUCAACGAAGAGGCUAUCGACGAGGUGGACUUGGAAAAGAAGCGUGCCCAGAAAGCCGAUGAAGCCAAGCGCAGGGAAGAGAGGGCUCUCAAGGAGGAGAGGGAUCGCCUGACGGCUGAGGCCGAAAAGCAGGCUGCUGCCAAGGCCAAAAAGGCUGCCGAGGAGGCCGCCAAAAUCGCUGCCGAAGAGGCUCUCCUGGCCGAAGCUGCCGCCCAAAAAGCUGCAGAAGAAGCUGCCUUAAAAGCAGCUGAAGAUGCUGCCCAGAAAGCUGCCGAAGAAGCGCGUCUAGCGGAGGAGGCUGCCGCCCAAAAGGCCGCUGAGGAAGCUGCCCAAAAGGCUGCUGAAGAAGCUCGUCUGGCAGAGGAGGCUGCGGCCCAAAAGGCCGCCGAGGAAGCUGCCCAAAAGGCUGCUGAAGAAGCCGCUUUAAAGGCAGCCGAAGAGGCUCGUCUGGCUGAAGAAGCUGCCCAAAAGGCCGCCGAAGAAGCCGCACUGAAGGCUGUAGAGGACGCUCGUGCCGCCGAAGAAGCUGCCCAAAAGGCCGCCGAAGAGGCUCGUGUCGCUGAAGAGGCUCGUCUGGAGGAGGAGCAGCGUGUCCGUGAGCAGGAGCUGGAGCGCCUGGCGGAGAUCGAGAAGGAGAGUGAGGGAGAACUUGCUCGCCAGGCCGCCGAGCUGGCCGAGAUCGCCCGCCAGGAAUCCGAGCUUGCCGCCCAGGAGCUGCAGGCCAUCCAGAAGAACGAGAACGAGACCAGCGAGCCCGUGGUCGAGGAGCCCGUCACGCCCAUUGAGGAACAGGAACCGAUCAUCGAGCUCGGCUCUAAUGUUACCCCCACUGGUGGCAAUAGCUACGAGGAGGAUCUCGAUGAUGAGGAAGAGGAGGACGAGGAAGAGGAGGAGGAAUAGAUUCUACACAAUCAUCAUGCUGUCAACCUAAUUUAAAAGAAAAAAAAAAAACAAUAAAAAUAUUAGAAAAACAAUUUAAUGGGGCAAUGGGGGGAUAAUGGUGGAUUAGAUAUCACAUUAAUUCAUAUAUUCAUCUUAAAUCAACACAAUGUUGUGCUCUAAAUUUAAUCAUUAUAAAGUUUGCUGAAUAAAUCAAAAUUAUGAUACCAUA